UUUGUUUAUGUCAGAUAUUCUAUUAUUUUUGUUUAAGAAACAAUUAUUCAGUAAUAAUUUCUAACAGUUAUAAUGGUUUGUGAAAAAUGUGCAUCAAAGCUCUCAAAAAUAGCUACAUCGGAUCCAUUUAGUGGUUCACAAUUAAAAGCUGGAGGUCGUAAAGUCAACGAAAAUAAAGCAUUAAGCGCAGCAAAAGAUCGUUUACAAAGUGUUUCGAAAAUAUUGCCACCGUGCCGAAUUUGUCGUCAGAAGGUUCAUCAAUCUGGUUCACACUACUGCCAAUCUUGUGCUUACAAAAAAGGCAUAUGUGCGAUGUGUGGAAAAAGACUAUUAAAUACAAAAUAUUACAACCAAAGUGCAACUUGACUACAAUAUACAAUCUUUAUUUAAAAUAAAUUUAUACAAUUAUAAGUACUUAUAUUAAAAUAGUAAGCAGCAACUAUUA